GCCGGAGCACUUAUCCUCACCCAAUAUGGGGUCCCAGGUGCGUGGUCUCAUCCCGAAGAAGGCGACGAGGCCGGAGCGCCGGGAGGGCUCAUCCUCAACCAAUAUGGGGUUCCGAGGUGUGGAAGCCGGGAGGGUUUAUCAUCAACCAAUAUGGGUUUCCAAGACGUGGCGUCUCAAGUGCGUGGUCUCCACUCGAAAAGGACGGAGGCCGGGACAAGGAUGGAGGCGGGGACAAGGCCGGAGUGCUUAUCCUCAACCAAUACGGGGUCCCAAGUGCGUGGUCUCCAUUGCAAGAGACCAAGGCGGGGACGAGGUCGGAGCGCUUAUCCUCAACCAAUGUGGGGUCCCAGGUGCCGCUUAUCCUCAACCAAUAUUGGGUCCCAGGUGCGCGGUGUCAACCUGAAGAAGACGGAGGCGGGUACAAGGCCGCAGCGCUUAUCCUCAACCAAUACGGGGUCCCAGGUGCGUGGUCUCAAUCUGAAGAAGACGGAGGCGGGGACAAGGCCGGAGCGUUUAUCCUCAACCAUCAUGGCGUUCCAGGUGUGUUAUCCUCAAGCAAUAUGGGGUCCACGGUGCGUGGUCUCAACCUGAAGAAGACGGAGGCGGGGACAAGGCCGGAGCGCUUAUCCUCAACCAAUAUGGGGUCCCAGGUGCGUGGUUUCAACCUGAAGAAGAUGGAGGCGGGGACAAGGCCGGAGCGUUUAGCCUCGACCAAUAUGGGGUCCCAGGUGCGUUAUCCUCAACCAAUAUGGGUCCCCGGUGCGUGGUGUCAACCUGAAGAAGACGGAGGCAGGGACAAGGCCGGAGCGCUUAUCCUCAACCAAUAUGGGGUCCCAGGGGCGUGGUCUCAACCUGAAGAAGACAGAGGCGGGGACAAGGCCGGAGCGCUUAUCCUCAACCAAUAUGGGGUCCCAGGUGCGUUAUCCUCAACCAUUAUGGGGUCCCCAGUUCGUGGUGUCAACUUGAAGAAGACAGAGCCAGGGACAAGGCCGGAGGCCAGAGCGCUUAUCCUCAACCAAUAUGGGGUCCCCGGUGCGUGGUGUGAACCUGAAGAAGACGGAGGCAGGGACAAGGCCGGGACGCUUAUCCUCAGCCAAUAUGCGGUCCCAGGUGCGUUAUAUCCUCAACCAAUAUGCGUGGUGUCAACCUGGGAAGAAGACGGAGGCGGGGACAAGGCCGGAGCGCUUAUCCUCAACCAGUCUGGGGUCCCAGGUGCGUUAUCCUCAACCAACAUGGGUUCCCAGGUGCGUGGUCUCAACCUGAAGAAGACGGAGGCGCAUGCAGAA